ACAAAUUGUAUUGUAAAGUCAUUUCAGUAUAUAAUGUUAAAACGUGAAAAGAUACAUUUACAAAAUCUGAUUUGAAAAUCUGUAAAAAUGUUGGUCUGUGGAUUCCUUGUUCUCCUAUUGGUGAAGUCCUUCUCCUUGGCUGAAUCUAUCAGUGAAGAGUUUAUUGUUGAUGUGAACAAGGGAAAGCUGGAUAAGCUUCUAGACACUAGUGGCUAUACAGCAGUGUAUUGGUACGCUAGAAACUGUAAACGAAGUGAAAUUAUUCUGAAAGAGUUGGAGAAGAUAGACGAUGACGCAAAAAAAUCUGGAAUUACGUUUGCCAAAAUCAACGAUAAGAGGUUUGGAAAAAGUUUUGGGAUUAAAAAGUUUCCUGCCCUUUCCUUGUUUCGUGGAAGAGAUGCAGUGAUAUACCAGGGAGAUCUCAAGGACGAAGAGGCAGUUUUGGAUUUUUUAACAGACGAGGAAAAUUUAGCAAUGCCGGACAAAAUAGAGGAUGUAAAUGCAGAGGAGCUUUUAGACAUCAUUGAAGAGGAUCCAUUGGUUGCUGUCUUCUUCUAUGAUGAGAGUAAGGCUAGUGCAAAGGCUCUUGAGUACAUGGAAAAUAUUGAUGAGGAAACGGACAUAUUUAACAUCAGGUUUCUACGUAUCAAGGAUCCGGAGUUGGUUUAUGAUUUCUCCCUCACAAGCGUUCCUUCACUUGUCUACUUCAGACACGAGAUACCAGUAGUUUAUGAGGGAGAUUUAUCUGAUGAGUCUGAGAUGCUGGAAUGGUUAAUUCAGCAACGAAGUGGGGCGGAUGAUAAGGACCAGGUGGAGCUAGUGAACCAGGACCAGCUGGAUAUCAUGGUUAGAAAUGUUGACAGCCUUCUUGUUCUUUUUGUGGAUAAUACUAGGAUGUCAAACAAAGUUUUUGACGUAAUGGAGACUAUUGAUGAUGAUUGCGAUGCUUUGGGAGUCAGUUUUGUUGCUGUCAGAGAUAGAGCAUUAGCUGCCAGAUAUACUAUUGAUGAGUUCCCCUCCCUGGUGUACUUUGAACAGGAGAUCCCAAGUGUAUUCGACGGAGACCUGGAGAACGGGUCUGAGGUGCUUACUUGGGUUGUUGAUCUACUUACUGGAGCUGAUAUUGAGGAGGUGACAAACGAGAUCUUGGAUAGGUUUAUAUCAACCAGAAACUACCUUGCUGUUUUAUUCUUCAAGGAAGGAGAAGAGGCAUCAAACUCAGCUCUCCAGGUACUUGAAGAGAUUGAUGAUGAUCUUGACGAGCUUGGAAUCAUGUUUGUCAAAAUAGAUGACGAGAAGGAGGCAGAAGAAUAUGGAAUCUCAAAUCUUCCAGCAAUAGUUGUGUUUGAGAACGGUAUCCCUAAUCUGUAUGAUGGAGGGUUUGAGAAUGGUGAAGAUAUUCUAGAGUGGAUUGUAGCUGAGUCAAGUGGAGAUCAUACAAUAGAAUCAGUAACAGACAAUAUGUUGGAUACUCUUGUUCUUGAUCAUGAUCACGUAGCAGUCGUCUUCUAUCAGAAGAAUGAUCCUCUUUCUCAGGAGGUACUGGAGAGUCUAGAGCAUAUUGACGAUGACGCUGUAAACUUCGAGUUCCCAAUAAAAUUGGUUCGAAUGGAUGAUAAACAGGAGGCCAAGGAGUACGGUAUUGAACAGUUUCCUACCCUGGUCUACUUCGAUAAGAUGAUCCCUAAUAUAUACAGUGGAAACCUUCUAGAUAAUCAGGAGCUUUUAACCUGGAUGACUGAACAAGCCUCAGGAUCUCAUAUUGAAGAUAUUUCAAACGAAAUUUUAGAAAUGCUUAUUCGGAAACAUGAUGACGUAACAGUUUUCUUUUACACGAAGGGUGUCAAAGGAGAAGCGAGACUAGUGGAAGGACUUGAGGAGGUUGAUCAUAUACUAGAGGAGGAUGGGAUACCCCUGGUUAGAAUUGAUGAUCCUCUGGAGGCCGAUAAGUGGGGUUUAGAGGUUGUUCCUGGUAUUGUACAUUUCCAGUAUAAGGAACCUCAUUUAUUCAAGGUAUAUGGAAAAGUUGAGCUGUGCGCCAGUUAUCAAUGUCGAGAUGGAAAAUGUCAUUCUUUGUGCGAGGUUGGAACUGUAUCUGCAGAUUAUUUUCAUACUAAAUUCAACUUCCAAAACCAAGAACGCAGGCCUGUAUCAACCCCAACCUCAGCUCAGAGUCUAGUAUUUACUUCACCUUCAGAAAUUUAUAACUCCCCACAUCCAAGAUUUCAACAAGGUGCUGUUUAUCAACCACAGUCAGAAUACAAAGUGGGUCAUCUCACCGUCAAACUUCAUGGAGCGUCCACAGAUGAAACUAAACUCAACAAUUUCAUUAACCUGAGGAUUGACGAUGAUCUCGAACCUCCAAGAGCAACUACUGAGUCAGCCCUAAGUCCCAUUGAACCUAAUAAUAACCCUGUUCCCGAAAAAGCCAGUAAUGCAAACCCUCCUCUACCUUCACUAGGGGGUCCCGAAUAUUUUGGUGAAGUUGUUGUUCUUGGCUUUCAGGAUUACGAUUACAGUAAUGAUGGUGAUGUGGAUACUCUGUUUGACGAACCAGCCCCAGAAUCUGAAGAAUCAAAAAAGAUGUCAACAGCUAAUUCAUUGCCAACCUUAGGGGGGCCGGAAGGCUUUGGAGAUGCUACUGUUGAAGGUUUUAAUGAAGUUGAUUACGACUACCAAGAACAAGGAGAAUCUGUUGAAGAGAGUAGAAUCCAGGAGGCCUCCCAACCAAGCUUACCAACCCUUGGCGGUCCAGAGGACUUUGGAGAGGUCACCGUUCUUGGGUUUAACACGGUUGAUUAUGAUUAUGAGACAGAUGUAUCACUUCGAAGUUCUGAACCUGAAAUCACAUUCAGCACAAUUGAUGCAGUGUAUAAUCCCAGAGCAAUAAAGACUAAUUUGGUUACAUCAAGUUCACCAAUUGGUCAACCCACUCCUUCAUACACUACACCAGUGAUAAGACCUAGACAACAGUUAAGCAAUAAUAAUUUCCAAGGUAUUGGGGUAGGAUCUUCUCAAAAUACACAACAAGCGCUGAAGUCCUUGUCCGAUACUCAGUAUUACGGACCUGAGAUAACCCCUGUCUUUCAAAUCCCAGACUCUAUUCCACAGUUCACAGUUCAAGAUACAGACUUGGAGCUGUCAGCACCCGCAUGGACUCCUUUACCUCUGGCACCCGUUCAACCAUCACUACAAGCCUUGGAUGCUAACAAGCUAGCACAGACACCCCCAAGGAGACCUUCCUCUUUGAGAGUUUCAUCUUCUCGACGUCGUCCAAAGCAAGUUAGGCAACCUAGGGUGAUAAAUCCUAUAGAUGCAGUACUUCAAUCCGUGGUCACUACACAUGACUCAAUUGUAAAUCUUCUUUUUGGGAAAACCCCGUUAAAUCUUGGCUAACACCAUAAAUUGGUUUACAAGACAAUUCAAUUCUCUGGUUUAUUAUGUUUAAAAUAAUAUAAUAUAAUAUACUAAUAUAAUAUUAUUUAUGAAAUAUAUGUAGUUUAUGC